AUGUCGAGCAUUAGCAACACGAAUUUGUUACAGUAUUUUCAUUUCUUUUUCUUUUCGUUUUUCAUCUUCUUCUCUAUCGUUUCUUCUCACGAACUUUACGUUCCAUUUAGUUUGAUUCUAAUUUCUUCUUUUCUUCACGUCUCUCCUUGUUUUAUUCUUCUCAUUUUUUUCUCGCUUCUUCUCGUUAUCUUCUCGUUACUUCACGUUUUCUUCCGCCUCAUCUCGCGCUCAUCUUCUUUCGUUUCAUUUACUUCCCUUUGUCCACAUUUAUUUUCUCGUUUUAUUCUAAUUCUUGUUUCCUUCUCCUUUCUUCAAGUUUCUCCUCGUCUUCUUCAGUGGCCAUGUCUUUUUCUUCUCGUUUCUCUUCGUGUUUAUCCGCUUCAUCUCUUUCUUCUCGUUUCCUUCACGUUUCCUUCACGAUUUUUCUUCUCUUUUCCUUCUCAUGUCUUUUCGUUCUAUUAUCGUUGCUUCUUUUCUAGUUUUAUUCUCGUCUCUUUUCGUGUUUUUUCUCGUUUUCUUCCGUUUCUUUCCGCUUCAUUCUCAAUUCAUCUCGUUUCCUUCACGUUACUUCUUCUCGUUUACUUAUCAUGUCUUCUCGUUUUAUUUCGUUUCUUUCCGCUUCAUUCUCAAUUCAUCUCGUUUCCUUCACGUUACUUCUCGUUUACUUCGCAUAUCUUCUCGUUUUCUUCCGUUUCUUUUCGCUUCAUUCUCAAUUCAUCUCAUUUCCUUCACGUUACUUCUUCUCGUUUACUUCUCAUGUCUUCUCGUUUUCUUUCGUUUCUUUUCGCUUCAUUCUCAAUUCAUCUCGUUUCCUUCACGUUACUUUUUCUCGUUUACUUCUCAUGUCUUCUCGUUUUCUUCCGUUUCUUUUCGCUUUAUUGCCAAUUUUUCUUGCUUUUUCCAGUUUCUUCUCGUUUCCUUCACGUUUCCUUCACGAUUUUUCUUCUCUUUUUCUUCUCAUGUCUUUUCGUUCUAUUAUCGUUUCUUCUUUUCUCGUUUUAUUCUCGUCUCUUUUUGUGUUUUUUUUUCUUCUCGUUUUCUCCCGUUUCUUUUCGCUUUAUUCUCGAUUCGUCUCGUUUCCUUCACGUUUCUUCUUCUCAUUUACUUCUCAUGUCUUCUCGUUUUCUUUUGUUUCUUUUCGCUUCAUUUUCGAUUCAUCUUGUUUUAUCCCGUUUCUUCUCGUUUCUUCAUCUCGUUUCCUUCUUAGGUCUUUCUGCUCUAUUAUCCUUUAUUCUUUUCUUUAUGUUUCUUCUAGUUUUAUUCUCGUUUCUUCUCGUUUUCUUCCAUUACUUAAGUUAUCUUUUCUCUUUUUUCUGUAUCUUUUCACUUCACUCGCUUUUCUUUGUUUAUUUCUUCUCGUUUCUGCUUCUUUCCCAUGUUUUGUCUUUUACUCACGUUUCUUUUCUCGUUUCUUAUCAUUUUCUUCUCGUUUUCUCUUAUUUUCUUCUACUUUUCGUGUUGUUCUUUUUUCAUCUCUCUUACUUCCGUUUCUUUGCAGUCACUUUCUUUUUUUCUUUUCGUUUUCUUUUGUUUUGUGGUCUUCUUUCGUGA